AUGCAGUCAUCCCUCUGUAUUCACAGGUUCUGCGACUGUGGUUACAACCAACCACGGAUUGGCUUUCUUCUUCCUCUUCCGGGACGUUGUCUGCAGGCACUCAGAGUGGUCCAGCAUUUGACAUACUGUCGUAGGCUUUUCUACAAUACAGCCUCUAACAAAACAAGGUUGUCCCAGACCCUUGGUAAUACAGUUGUUUACCUUUUUACUAAGAAUGUUGGGAAAGCACCAAAAUCUGCAUGUGGCAUGUGCCCAGGCAGACAUGGAGGGGUUCGUGCUGUGAGACCUAAAGUUCUUAAUGAGAUUGUCCAAAGCAAAGAACACGUCAGCAGGGCCUGUGGUGGUUCCAUGUGUGCUAAAUGUGUUUGUGACAGCAUCAAACAUGCUUUCCUUAUUAAGGAGUAGAAAAUUGGUGUGUAAGUGUUGAAGGCACAAGCACAGAGUCAGCUAAAUUAA